AGGUUACAAGUACAAAGUAUGUACAUACACAGGCGACGUGCGGGGGGCUGGGACGGACGCUAAUGUGACUGUUACGAUAUUUGGUGAGAAGGGGGAUACGGGAGAACAUUGUCUGGAUAACUCAAGAAAUAACUUCGAGAAAGGAAGGUCAGUAAGAUACAUAUCAACAACAGCAUUGUUUUCUUUGUAUCUCUGUGGUAACUGCGCGUCAAGAAUAAAGUAAAGAGAUUUACGCCCGUAUUCUAAAAGCUCACUCACACUCAAUGAGUGGAAGAGCUGAGCUUCUCUUGAGUGUUAAUGCUGUUUUUGAAUAGCUGGAGGGUGAGUAGUCACAUAGUAAGGUAUGACACUAACCCUCCAGUUAUUCAAAACAGCAAUGACACUCGAGAGAAGCUCAGAUUGAACUUUCACUCAUUGAGUGUGAGUGGGCUUUUAGAAUACGGGCGUUAAUGUUUUGAUGUGUAAUUUUACGUAGAAUGGAUACAUUUCGUUUGGAAGGAAUUGAUUUGGGCGAGUUAGUUAAACUACGUAUUGGUCACGACAAUCGUGGUGUAGGACCUGGAUGGUUCUUGGAUAAAGUAAGUCUUUGUCAUUGAUUGUAGGCUGUGUUCGUGAUUUACUCAGAUCUAUCUUUCAUUGAUUGUGUUCAAGAUUCAAUUCCUGAUUGUUGUCUUUCCUCAGUCAAAUGUGAGAAGAGUUCUUUCUGUUUGACAAUAAUUAUCAUGGAAAUUGUUUCGUUAGGUAACAGUUGAAGAUGAAGGUCGUGGUAAAGUGUUUGAAUUUCCAUGUCACCGCUGGUUAGCUAAAGAUGAGGAUGAUAGACAAAUUACGAGAGAACUGGUCUGCGUCAAUGGUUCUCAACAAGCUGAUAUGUACAUCACGCCAGGUGAGCCUGACAUUGAUAUGAAUAAAACUUUAUUUAUACUGAAUGGCUCUACCAGUUUUAAACUGUUCUCCCUAGAGGUCCAGUAAGGAUCAUCUCUUAUUGAUCCAGUGUUACUACAGGAGGAAACCUAAACUAAACUAACUUUAUUUAUACUGGAUAGCUUUAUCAGUUCUAAACUGUUCUUCCUAGAGGUCCAGUAAGGAUCAUCUCUUAUUGAUCCAGUGUUACUACAGGUGGAAACCUAAACUAAACUAACUUUAUUUAUACUGGAUAUCUCUAUCAGUUCUAAACUGUUUUCUUUAGAAUUCAUCUAAACUGUUCUUCCUAGAGGUUUACCUCCACCAGAGAUAACUGGACAGACUCGUUCUUUUUCUUAACCAUAACGUGUGUUAUUUCCAGGUGUCCCAUACUCAGUUCACGUGAGCACAGGUGACGUGAGAAAUGCUGCAACGAGCGCCAAUGUGUUCGUAGUUCUGUAUGGCGGUGAAGACGGUCAGAAGAAUAGCGGGAAACUGGUGUUGAGAAAUGAAAAGAAUGAUAAUUUUCAAAAAGGGAGAACUGAUAUCUUUCAAGUGGAAACAGCCGAUUGUUUGAGUCCAUUGCAUCAUAUCACUAUUGGUCACGACAAUACUGGCCUGGGCGCGGGCUGGUUCUGUGAUAAGGUAAUAAUUCACCUUGGCUGUUCAUCUAUUUAUGUUAAUUCUGGUUCCGUUUUGUGUUUAGUCUUGUUGUAGGAAUGUGGUAGUUGUAGGAAUGUGGUAGUGCAGUGGUCAGUGCGUGUGUCUUUCAUCUCUGUCUUAUAAUUUCACCUCAGUCACAUGUGAGAAGUUAGUUUAGUUCCCCUUCUGUACUUGACCUCCAGGGAGAACAGUUUAGAACUGAUAGAACUAUGCAAAGUAAACAAAGUUAACCUUCAUUCUCUAUCGCAGAUCGUGGUUGACUGUCCCAGCACAGGAUGUCAGCAAGUUUUCUUAUGUCAACAAUGGAUUGCAGACGACGAGGGUGAUGGGAGACUGGAACGAGAGUUGUACGAAUCUGAAGACAUGAGACAGAAACGUAGACCAAGUAUGUUGUUUAUAAAAUGUUUAUCAAACAAAUGUUCUUCCUAGGUUCCAGUAAGAAUCAUUUCUUAUUCCUCGAAGCGAAGCUAACUUUAUUAUACUAGAUCUAUUUAUCAGUACUAAACUUUUCUCAGCAGUUAGGAUAAUCUCUUAUUGAUCCAGUGUUACUACAGGAGAAAUAUAAUACUUCUAAUUUUGUUUUGAUUAAAUCAGAGAUCGUAUACAAUGUCUGGGUGUGGACGAGUGAUGAGAGGGGGGCUGGGACCGAUGCCAACGUCUUCAUCACCUUAUAUGGAAAGAAAGGAAAAACUGACGAAAUGCAAAUUGGGAAUGCAACAGAUAAUUUCGAGCAAGGACAACUGGACAAAUUUAAGGUACAAGUUCUAAUACUAUUAAGCAACCUAGGCUGGAAUGUCUAUUGGGUAUGUACAUAUAACACAAAAUAUCGUGUUUUACUGUCUAGGUGGAACUUGCCAAUGUUGGUCCAUUGUAUAAACUUCGAAUUCGACAUGACAACUCAAAAUCGUUCGCAGAUUGGCAUUUAGAAAAGGUACUGUGGCAUUACGAUGUUCUAGCCAGGGUGGUGUGGCACAGUGGUUAUUCCAUGUGUUCUGUUGACCUUCGUAAGCAUCGCGGGUUUUCUCCUGUAGUAACACUUGAGGAAUGCCCCUUUGAAGAGCUCUGAGAGAACAGUUUAUAGAGUUACCUAAAUAAAGUCAGUUUAGUUAUUAACAAUAUUUAAAUGAAUGUUGUACAGAUUCAAGUUGAAAAUACGAAGACAGGAGCGAAAUUUUCAUUCAAAUGUGAGCGUUGGCUUUCACUGAAGGAAGAUGAUCGAAGUAUCAUCAAAGAACUUCCUGCGUUUGGUGAAGGAGUCCAGCCUCAACAAGGUUUGUUCAUUCAGUUGUUUGUCAGUGUAGAUUGCAGUCUCUCUUGUUAAGCCACAAUGGGCUCUAAUGUGCCUAUUUUGUGUUUUACCAUCUUCAUAUAAUUUUAAUAUUAUCAUAACAUUUUACUUGUCUGGAGAAAGUAUCAGUCCCUAGUCAAUCUAGAAUAAGAUUUUAUAGAACUUGACAGGCGAGAGUUUGCAUGGGAGUUGUCAACAAUCUGCAUUUAUCCUGUUGUCAUAUUUUCCAGUGUUUAAAUAUCCAGUGAACGUGCACACGGCCAAGAAGACUGGGGCGGGUACCGAUGCCAAUGUUUUCUUGAACAUAUUUGGUAACCAAGGAGAUACAGGGGAGAGACCGCUGAUGUUUUCAAAAACGAACAGAAAUAAAUUUGAAAAAGGAAAUGUAAGUGAACAUCAAUCAUUAUAUAGUUGCUAAGUGAAACACAUCUUGACAAAUUAUUCUCAGAUUAUUAAUAGUUCUAGAAUAGAAAUGAAGAUGUCAAUUGCGCAAGAGUGACGUGAUGUAAAGUUUUGUUUUGUUAUUUUAGGUCGAUGAGUUUGAAAUCGAGGCUGUGAAUCUUAAAGAUCUUGAAAAGAUCAGGAUUGGUCAUGAUGGCAAGGGGCCUGGGGCGGGAUGGUUCUUGGAUAAAGUUGUCAUUAAAGAUCCCAGUGACUCCUUGAAGGAAUAUAACUUUCCUUGUGAAAGGUACACUCAUGUACAUGGCAUAAAAAAGUGGUGUAGUUUAAUUUGUAAAAUUGUGAACAUGAAGUUGACGCUCGAUCUUGUGCUCUGUAAAGCUGACUGAAACUCACCCAUAACGAAUUCUUUUAUUUCAGAUGGUUGGCUAAAGACGAAGACGACGGACAAAUCAUCCGAGAAUUGACGUUGGGUGGAACAAGUUUAUUACAAAGUAAGGCAUUUAUUUGUACUAGAUCUAGUUGUCCAUGCUUCGAAUAUUCUGGGAUCGAAGCCCAAUCAACUCCAGCCCCAGAGGCGUAAUCUUGAAGAGUAUUCUAAUUGGCUAUUCUCACGUUGUAUUAAUGUAUUUUGUGUAGCGACGUCAUACAAGGUGGCAGUGAGAACAGGGGAUGUCAGAGGAGCUGGUACCGACGCCAAUGUCUAUAUUCAGAUAUUUGGCAAGCAAGGUGACACAGGGAAGUUACCUUUGAGACAAUCUGAAAAUACCAAGAAUAAAUUCGAAAAAGGCAGAGCUGACAUGUUUACUGUUGAAGCUGUGGAUAUAGGCAAGGUUAGUGUUCGUCGCCUUAUAUAUUUUUGGUGUAAUUUAAGCUUUAAUUUCGAACUGGUAGUUCAGAAGACACUAGCCACGAGAGCAUUUAUUCAAACACUGAUUGUUUUCAUUUCAGUUGGAGAUGGUUCGUAUUGGUCAUGAUGGUAAAGGUUUUGGUGCUGGUUGGUAUCUUGAUGAAGUGACAGUAGAGGUACCAUCACGUGGUGAGAUCAUGGUGUUUCCAUGUCAUCGCUGGUUGGCUGAGGAUGAAGAUGAUGGGAAGAUUGAGAGAGAACUUUAUUCAAGUCAAAAAAAUAACAUCGAGCAAAGUAAGAUUUGUUUGAAACAUCCAUCAAAGUAUGGUAUAGAUUUACCUGAAUCACAUGAAGAACAGUUUAGAACUGAUAGAGCUGUCGAAUAUAAAUAAAGUUAGUUUCUGUUUAAUAUGAAGUAAAAUAUAUUUCUUGUCUCUAGAAAUCCCAUACGAAGUGGUCGUGCACACAGGUGAUGUCAGGGGAGCUGGAACCGACGCUAACGUCAUACUUACCUUGUAUGGAGAGAAAGGAAAGUCUGAUGAGUUUAAACUCAGAAAUAAAACUGACAACUUUGAAAGAGCAAAAGUUGAUAAAUUUAAGGUGGGUAGUUGGUCUUACUGCGGGCUUGUGUUCAAGGUUUAACAUUAUUGGAUAUCUUACGAGUUAGGUUGGGGAUAUAUACAUGUAAAGUUGAUUUCCUCUGUUUAAACUAAUCGCAUUGUAAAUCAUGUUGACAGGUUGAGAGUGAAGACAUUGGGGCGUUAACUAAGAUAAGAAUUGGUCAUGAUAAUGCAGGAUUUGGUGCAGCUUGGUUCUUGGACAAGGUAAUCUGAGACAUAAAACAAAAUACUAUUUCUCUCAAUACCAGUGGUGAUAAACGUUCGAGAUAUUAUUUAUAUUAUCGUAAGAUCCAUGAGUUUUAAUUGAUUUGUUUCUGAAGGUUGAGAUAAGUCGAAUAAAACCAGAAGAAGAGGGCAAAGCGAAGAAAAAUAAAAAGAAGAAGUCAAGAUCAUCUGACGAUGACGAUGGAAAAGCCAAUGAUGAAAAUGAUUAUGAAUAUUCAUUCUUGUGUAACCGCUGGCUAGCAAAGAACGAAGACGAUGGUGAGAUCGUGAGAGAACUGGUGCCGAGCACAAAGUCUGGCUUGAAAAGACAGAACACUUUGUCAGGUAACAUAAAGUUUUUUAUUUAGAAUAAUCUUUCUUCUCAAAGCCGUUCACCAUUUAUGAUCAUUUCGUUGUUUAGAGAACACCUACGUCAUUCAUGUUUAUACUGGUGACGUGAUGCAUGCUGGGACAAACGCCAACGUCUUGGCCACCGUAUAUGGCGAGAAUGGCGAUUCUGGCGAGAGAAAGUUGUUGAAAUCUGAGAAACACCUGGAUAAAUUUGAACGAAAUCAGGAGGAUAUUUUCACGAUCAAGUGCAUCACUCUGGGUACUUUAUCAAAACUGAAGAUACGUCACGACAACAGUGGCAUGAAGUCUGCCUGGUUCCUUGGCAAGGUUGAAAUUGAAGACAAACUUAAGGGCCAGCGGUAUGUUUUUCCAUGUGACCGCUGGCUGGCAACGAACGAAGAUGAUGGUCAAAUAUCACGUGACCUGCCUGCUCUGACGUCCGAGGAUUAUAAUGCUGAGCAGAAGAGGAAAAUGACGCGACGUCAAAGUUCUAAGGCGUUGGUUGAUUCCUUGGAUUUAGAGUCUAAAGGUACUGCACACACGUGUUCUUGUGAAACACGGAGUAAAGCCGUGCGGAAACUAGGAAAGUUGUGUGUUGGAGUAUUUGAAAACUUUGAUGUUUCUUUAAAUGUUUCCCUGUUUGUCCACUCAUUUCUUGCCAGGAAACAAAAUUGUUGUCCAAAUUAUAUCAUCGUCAACAUAUUUCUUGAGCCCCUAUGUGUUAUAUUUCAGCUCGACUCAGUUCGUACGAGGUCUCAGUGGUCACAGGGGAUAUUUCAGGAGCGGGCACUGACGCCAAUGUUUACGUCAUCUUGUUUGGAGACAAGGGAGAAUCAGGUCAGUUUUAGAUAUUGUGAGAAAGUUAUGACUGAAGCGAGACAACUGUAUACUGCAGGAAUCAAACCAAAUAACUAUACGGUACCACCAACACCAAUAGCAUUGUAACUUUGCUGUAGAUAUUAUUGAACAUUAAACGGUCAACACAAUUUUGCAGGAAAACUUGAUAUGAAAACGUCUCAGACAAAUAAAGACAAAUUUGAGCGAAAUCAAACAGACGUGUUUUCAUUGGAUGCUGAUGUCGGCGUGUUGAAAAAAAUCAGGUAGGGUGUUAGACUGUGUCGCACAGGAUAGUGUGAUGUUUAAACUUCGUUAAUGUUAUACUGGUGGCUGUAGUCAGCAUCACAGAGCAGCUAUGGUGGUCAGCUGCAGAAAUGUCUUCUAGGAGCAGGAAAAUUUAAACAUUUAUAGUGCUUAGUAAAACCAACUAUAUUACUAGAUCCCGUGGCCAUCAUGAUUUGCGUUUUCCUUUAGAAUCGGGCACGACAACAAGGGUGGUUUUGCGGGUUGGUUCUUGGAUAAAGUUGAGAUAGAUUCAAAAAGCCUGGGAACCAGAUGGGUAUUUCCCUGUGGUCGUUGGUUAGACAAAGGGAAAGAUGACGGUUUGUUGGAACGAGAGUUAUAUCCCGUGGAAGACGCUGAGCAAGUUUAUACACCACGUAAGUCGGGCGUUUUGAUAGACACAGUAAUAAACCCAUCAGUUCUAAACUGUUCUUCCUUGAGGUCCAGUAGGGAUGACUAAAUGUUUAAGUUAAAGAAAAUCCCCAUAUCUGGAAUGGCAACACUUCACGUGUGAAAUUUUUAUAUGUGAUUUUAUAUGUGAAAUCGAUUUCACACAUAUCAACGUGCGGAAUUGCAACCAUGGGCGAAUUUACUGGGUGGUUAGGGGGUUUAACCCCCCCCCCCCCAUACACACACACACACACCUAGAAUCUCUCUAACCCCUCUUAUAAAGUGUUCAACCCCACCAAACAAAAUUUCGCUUCACCCCUCCUAUUUUGGGUGAAAAUCUUUAACCCCAACACCCAAUGGUGUCGCUUGCAGCCCACUAGAAAUUUUUCCACCCCUCUUUUUAAAAGAAUGAAAAUCCGCCCUUGAUUGCAACACUUCACAUGUUAAAUCGAUUUCACAUAUGAAGCUUUCACUUUCACUGGAUAGUUCUAUCAGUUCUAAACUGUAAGGCUCGUCCUUGCUUGUAGAGUCAAACUGAAAGCAUUCUUCUCAUAGAUGACCAAGAUAAAAUAAUCAGACAACUGCACAAAAACCAACCCCUGGUCAUAGAGGUGAACGACAAUGUACUAACCAGUGUUAUUCUGUAGAUGUUCCUUAUGAGAUGACAGUGUAUACUGGAGAUGUGAGUGGUGCAGGUACCAAUGCGAAUGUCUUCAUUGUCGUGUAUGGAGCUGAGUUGAACACGGGAGAAUGUGUCCUGGCUGAAACAAAGAAGAAAAAGAAGGGAUGUUUUGAACGAGGAUCUACGGACCAGUUUGUCAAAGAGGUAGAAACAUCAAUACUUUAGACCUAGACUUUUUAAGUUGAGUUUAAUACACGCGAUUUUGGACUCUUUAGAAAUCUUGUCUGAAUCAGUAGAAGUUUUCUUCUCUGAAGUUUUGAAAUAAACGUGCAGAAAUAGAUAAACUAAAACAGCUGGUUAAAUUUUAACCGUGGGUUAACCCAGCUUUGAACAACUGACCCCAGAGGAACAGUGCUCUAUUCAUCAAUUUGUUUAAAGAUAUUUCCGAAAGGAGGAAUGGUGGGUUAGUUUCGUUCACCUUAUUUACUCAAUCACAUGUGAGACUUCUAACUUGACUCUACCAAACACCGCGGGUUUUCUUCUUUGAUUUUGUUCUGUAGUGACAACGGACCAAUGAGCAUGAUCCUUACUAGAUCUCCAGUAUAAAUAAAGUUGCUACAGUCAUAAAAAUAUAUUUCAUUGUUUUAGCUUAUUGAUGUUGGUGACGUGAUUGAGAAAAUCCGUGUCGGUCAUGACGGGAAAGGGAUUGGGGCCGGAUGGUUUCUAGACAAAGUAGAAAUACGGCGUUUACUUGACGACAAUAAAAGCGCGACACUUUACACGUUUCCAUGCAAACGUUGGUUGGCUAAAGGCGAGGAUGACGGCGCGAUUGUGAGGGAAUUGGUACCGAGAGAUGUGACGGAGGAGAUUGUUACUAAGAAUGGGGAGGUUGUGGCGAAUAAAGUUGAACAUCAGGCACUCGAUGGUAAGAUAUCACGCUUAGUGAGGAAAUAUUCUAAGAAUGUGUGGCUUUGUGUGAAGUGUUUUCAUAGAGCUUGGUGAGGAAACAUUCUGAGGGGCUGGGUUUCAGUGAAAUGUUUUAUAUGGUGCUACCCUUAGUGGUCAACAUGAAAUGUACAGAUGACACUUAGGGUAACGAGCAAAUACAUGUUUCCAUGACAUGUAUUUGCCAUCAACACAAGGUUAAUGAGUGAACAAUUUAGUUACUCUGAUAACAGUCUUUUAUUUGGGGUUCAAAGUGACCACCUUGUGUUGCACUGUCACACUUAGUCAAAUCUAUCUUUCCUUAGACAAUUGCCUUUAGUUGUUUACCAUGUUGACCUGUUGCAGUAAAGCAGAAGAGCAGAACGGUCGUCAACUUCAAAAAUGUUGACACAUCAAACCACAUCACUCGAUUAUUUUCCCAGCAAAUACAAGAUUACUACAUAGAAUGAAAAGAAUGAACAUUAUUUUCUCACUCUGCUAACUGCAGGUUGACCAUCAUCGGCUGCACGAUCGUGCUUUGUGAAACCCAGCUGUUUCGCUAGAUAAACAGGUUGAAGUACUGCUUAAGUAUAACUAAUUGUUAAUGACGUUUUUCUCACUUGGUGUUCUCAGUUCACAAAUAUCGUGUCCACGUGAUCACUGGUGACGUCAAAGGCGCGGGAACUGAUGCGAAUGUUUUCAUUACCUUAUUUGGACAAUAUGGAGACUCUGGGGAACGACCGCUGACCAAAUCUGAAACUCACACUGAUAAAUUCGAGCGAGGCAAGGUAAGAAAGAUUUGGAAUUGAAUUUUGAGUAGUCGAUAGACCUUUAACAGCGCCUAAGGCCCCGUUUACACUAUACCGGAUUGCUAUCGGAGUGGGUCAAAUUUUGUAGGUAUCGAAAAGGCUGUGAAGAUUUUUAAUCUCAGAGACCCAAAUGAACAUGCCAAUUCUGUCAAACUAAUAAGUAUUUGUUACUAACCAUUGCUCCGUAGCGGCAAAAGAAGAUGUCGUGACCAGCGAAUCCGGUAUAGUGUAAACAGCGCGUAAAGCCUGGUUUAUCAAGGCUUCUGUGAUCACAAUAAGAAUUUUGCAUAGGUAAGUUUUGAAGGAUUUGUAAGAAAUGUUUGAGGAAACUGACCCACAAAUGCCACAAUGAGUCAGUUCCCUCAAGCAUUUCUUUACCAAAAAAUUGUUAUUUACGAGAGAAUGAUUCAAGCGAGGACGAGAUUUGAAGCGAGAGUUUGUAUGCAACUUUUCGCAACUCUCUUGCCCCGAUAAACAAGAACAAGGGUUGCAUGAGAGUUGAAGCGAGAGUUUGUAUGCAACUUUUCUCAACUCUCUUGCCCCGAUAAACGAGAACAAGGGUUGCUUGAGAGUUGGUCAUCAAACACGUGCACAACUCUCGUCAAUUCUUAUCUUGACUGGGUUUUACUUCAAUUUUCAGGAAGAUAUCUUCUCAUUCGAAGCAGCAGAUCUGGGUAACCUACAUAAGAUCAAGUUACGUCAUGAUAACGCCAUGUUAAACCCAGCUUGGUUUGUCGAGAGAGUCGAGAUAGAGGAUCUCACGGCUGAUAGACAGUUCUUGUUUCAUUGUGAAAGAUGGCUGGCGAAAAAUAAAGAAGAUAAAAAGAUAGAAAGAAAUUUUUAUGAAAAAGAUUACAAGGUAUUGUCUGGCUUCACUGGGACAUGAUGUUCAUCUUGAGAAAUGUUGACACUGACUUUAAGAAAAUUCUCUCAAUUGAAUUUAAUAUAUUUGCCUUCAAAUACAAGACUACGACAUAUAAUGAGAAGCCAGUAAAUGUAGCCAACACAUGUACGCAAAAAUACUUGAUCACUGUGAGAUUGACCGCCUGACUUUCUCAUCACAGGGUGAUCGUUCAACAACAAUGACAGGCAUGAGUAUGGCGAGCAGUCUCAAUUCCUCUCCCUCUCGUGGAGACCCGAGUCCUAGCAAGAAACGUAGCACCACUGCUGAUGAAAUAUUUGAGAAAGAGUUUAAAGACAAGGCCAAGAAAAAUGCACCAUUGAAAUGUAAGUUUGAGCAAAUGAUUGACUUUACAGACGCCUUCUGAAAUGAGAGAACAAAGGCAAGAUCGGUCUCGUGUGGUCAGGAGGGUAAACGACCCUGUUUAUAUUUGAGACGAACUUGCUCAAAGCCAAGACAUUUCGUUUGCUCAUUCGUAUAAACGCGGCGAACAAAUGACGUUGUGACGGCUGAUAUGUCUUUGUAAAAAUCAGCGAUUCUCACAAACAAGAUUAAUCCAAUAUAUCAAUAAAAUAUAUUAAAUAGAGAAUUAUUUCAUCUUUCUCUUGUCUAGCAAUUUCUUACACUGUCCGAGUGAAGACUGGUGAUGACAAAGAUGGCGGGACUGAAGCGAAAGUAUACAUCGUAUUGAUUGGGACCCAGGCCACCACGGAUAAAAUUGAUCUUGAACUCGUUCAGAAGACUGAGUUCGAGCCAGGAACAGCAGAGACGUUCUCAGUGGAAGGAGUUGAUGUCGGUGAAGUAAGAAAAGUUGAAGUGGGUAAGUGGAAACAUUUGCACAAUCAGUUCUAAACUGUUCUUCCUAGAGGUCCAGUAAGGAUCAUCUCCUAUUUUCCAGUAUUACUACAGGAGGAAACCUAAACUAAGUAAUGAUGUUGUGUUUUCUGUCACAGGACAUAAUGGUUAUUCUCAAAAAGAUGGCUGGCAUCUUAAAGAGAUCGAGAUAGAUGUUCCAACACGAGGAAAGGUUUAUCACUUUCCCUGCAACCGUUGGUUGGCUAAAGAUAAAGAAGAUGGUUUGACUACCCGUGUUUUAACUGCGAGUGAGGGUGAUCAAGUAUCUUACAAACCACGUAAGUCUUUACCUUGUUAGUACAGAGACGGUUUUACCAACUUUUAGCUUUGAAUUUUAACGCUAAAGUAUAAUCUUUUUACCUUAUAGAUAUAUGUAUAUAUUUCUAACUUUUUAGUUCGUAAUUAUAUGUAAAAAAUUGUAUUCAAUUCAGUUUCGCUUCAAAUUUAGUCGUUCCAUACGAGAUCACGGUGUUCUCUGGAGACGUGAAGGAUGCUGGGACGGAUAGUGACGUCACAUUUACCAUAUAUGGCAGUGAUGGCGCGACACCGGAAGUCAAACUUGAGAAAGGAGAUGAGAGAUUUGAACGAGGAGGUGUCGACAUGUUCCGAAUGGAGCUCGAAGAUGUCGGAAAGUUGCGCAAGAUGAGGAUUGGGCACGAGGGGAAAGGAAACAGAACGAACUGGUAUCUGGAUAAGGUAGACAUGAACUCUCGUUAAGACCCGAUUACACCGCACAACUUUUGCCUAAAACUGUCGCAUUCAACCUGCUUCCAACUUGAGUUGUUCUGUGUAAAUCAAGUACAUGCACAAUUCCCCUACGACAAAGUAGGCGUAUUGUGUGUUUGAAUUACAUAGUACAUGCAACUCAAGUUGUAAGCAGGUUGAAUGUAUGCGAGCAUUUUAGGCAAAGGUUAUGUAGUGUAAAUCUGCCUUUAUAUAGACUGGAUAGGUCUAGCAGUUUAGGAUGAUGUCUUAUUCACCAGAUUGCCUGAUCUCAAAUGACAAAUGUCUCACUAUUUUUAGGUCAUAAUCCGUAAUGACGACACAGGGUCAGUGAGUGUGUUUAAAUGUAAUGAUUGGUUAUCGAAAACUCUGGGAGACCAGCAGUUGGUGAAAGAACUGCCUGCUAUCACUGAUGGCGAAAAAACUCUAGGAAGUAAGUGUCAAGAUAUUUCUAAAAUCCUUUGAAAACAUUUCUACGUUCGGAAUUCUCUCGAACAGGAGAUCCCCGCCUUAACAUAUAGCCAUUUCCAAGCAUUAAACCUACUAACUCUGACACGGAGGAAUAACCGGGCAAGG